AUGGUGCUUCCUGGAUGGAAAGACAUUCUUCGACCAAUCCGUGAUGGCUGGAGAGAUAGACAACCCCAGAGGCCGACCACUCCUCCGGCAGAGCGACGAAGAAGGCAGCGUCAGGAUGCAUUGAGAGGCUUCGUGUAUCUUGAAGACUUCGACCAGCUUGAGGCCUGGAAGCCAGACGAGGCAGACCCUAUCCAGCGGGCCAAUACCCCCCUGCUACCACGCCAUCCUCGACAACUAAAUGAGGAUGCCAACGACAAUAAGGCUAAUGUCCUCCUGUGCCACGACUACGCAGGCAACUACCAACCCUACGAAGCGUCCCAAGGGGCUGAAGUUACGGCUGAGAGCUACUCAUGCGAAUACAUGCAAUUCGUGGAUACCUUCAUCUACUUUUCGCAUAAGCUCGUGUGUGUGCCGCCUCCCUCGUGGACAAAUGCUCUCCGUCGGAACGGGGUCAAGGUCCUAGGGACUUUUAUCGUCGAACCGCAAACGCCAGGACUAGCCAAUCUCCUCAAGCGAACCUCUAGCUCCACAGCCGAGAAGGGCGAGGAUGGCUUCGCUUUCGCGCGCCAGCUUGCUGCCAUCGCAGACGUGUACGGUUUCGAUGGAUGGCUCAUCAAUCUUGAGAAAGCUUUUCCGAAGGGCAGCUGGGAUAUGUUCAGCUUGCUGGGGUUCCUGAAGCAACUGAAAGCGGACCUAGGCAACGGCAAGCAAGUCAUCUGGUAUGAUGCUUUGACCUCCGACAACAAGGUUGACUAUCAGAACAGCCUGUCUCUCCAAAACUCGUCGCUUGCAGAAGCUGCAGGCUCAAUACUAACAAACUACAAGUGGACUCUGGAUGAGGUUCAAAAGACGAAGCUGUUAGCUGUACAGAAACAGAUACCCCUCAGCAACAUCUACUUUGGUAUCGACGUCUGGGCGCAAAACUCAAGAAACGACGGCCCCGCACGAGUCACCUACCCGCCCAAGAGCGGCGGCGGUACCAACACUGGUGUCGCCGUUGCCGCGCUUGCCGCUGAGGGUCUGCAAGCGGGCAUCUUCGCGCCUGCGUGGCCGUUCGAGCAUUGCCCCUCAUGUGCCAAAGCCAUUCAGCGGUCCAUGUGGACCGGCGACCGGUUACCGGAGGAGCUGGAUUGUGGAUGUGGGAAAGAGAGACCCCACCAUACCACGGAGUACAUGCAAAACCCCAUCACCAAGUUUGCGAGGGAACAUCCGGCUGGUUCGGAUAGGUUUCUCUAUACAAACUUCAGCCGCGCGUUCACGCGACGCGUCGAACAGCUUGACCGAUCCCACGCUAGACUAAAAUCCCAACUAGCGGCUCAGUCUGUGUUGCCGCACCUCUUACGGCUAGACCAAAGGGCUCAAAGGUCUACUGAGACGGAAGCGCUGUAUGGAGAGCUCCAUGACGGACCCUUACCACAGGCCUCGUACAAAUCGCCGGGGUCUCGACUGGUCGUCUUCAGGAAAAGCGUCGCCGUGCCUAGUGCAAUUAUCUGCGAUGAUUGGGCCACACGGUGGCUACCACUUUUUAAGCUUGACAUGCCCGCCGACGGAUCCUUGAAAAUGAAGAUCACAUUCCGGAAGCUUCACUCCAACGUUUACUUGUCCGGGGGCAUCUACUGGCUCUACAAAGACGGCACCCGGCGCAAGUUUACUAUGGGCACCAUGGCCGAUGUCCAGUCGCAAAUUAUCAUCAUCAACAAGGUCGACGGCGAAAACACGCAGCAUGAAGCACGCCUGGUUGGAAUCGGUGUAUGGAUCAGUGGGCCGCGAGUAGCAAACGCCAUGCCGGAGGCCGUGCUGGAGAUCAUGGAGAUCGCCAUCACCGUCGUCGAUGCCCCGCAGCCAUCUCAAGGGAUACAAAACAUCCGCUGGAAGCAUCGUGGCGACGGAGAUACGCGCCAUCGUAGGCUGUUAUGGGAAAUCAGCUCCCUGCAGACCGCUAAAGACUCUGCCGCGGCCGUCGCUCUUGGAGUACCUUACAGCAGCACCACAGGACCCUUUGCUCACUUCAUAGUGGAAGUGGAUGGGAUGUGCGUUGGACGGGCAUAUGCAACGGAGUUCGUGUUGUCUGAUGCGCUAAGCGAACGCCUAGAGACGGAUGCGGGCAUGAGCGUGCGGAUUAUAGGGGUAGGCUUUGCGGGCGAGAAGGUCGAGAGCCAUGCUGUGAAUGUUGGAGGAGCGGAAGAUGAUAAUUGGGAUAUGGUGUCAGGGCUGGAGAAGGCGAAGCUUGGUUGA